AUGGAAGGUCUGUUGUUCAACGUCAACGGGGGCUACCUGGAGGGUAUAGUUCGUGGCUACCGCAAUGCGCUCCUGACGAGCACGAACUAUGGCAAUCUCACGCAGUGCGAAACUAUCGAAGACGUCAAGACGCAGCUCGGUCCGGCUUACGGCGAGGCGCUCGCAAAUCUUCCUCCAAAUCCCUCCACAUCGGCUCUGGCGAGUAAGACUACAGAGAAACUCGUCUCUGACUUCAGAUACCUCCAAGGGCAGGCGACGGGAUCAUUGGCAAAAUUCAUGGAAUACCUUACUUACUCGUACAUGAUUGACAAUGUGGCCCUCCUCAUUACUGGGACACUACACGAAAGAGACACCAAGGAAUUAUUGGAGAGAUGUCAUCCGCUGGGAUGGUUUGAGACAAUGCCGGUUCUUUGUGUGGCCACCAAUAUCGAGGAGCUGUAUAACUCAGUCCUCAUCGAAACUCCCCUUGCUCCAUAUUUCAAAGGAAGCUUGAGUCACCAGGAUCUGGAUGAGCUCAACAUCGAGAUUGUCCGAAACACCUUGUACAAGAACUAUCUGGAGGAUUUCUACAAUUUCGUGAACACAGAUCCCGAUAUGGCCAUGACUCCGACUGGAGAAAUCAUGUCAGAAAUCCUCGAAUUUGAAGCUGAUCGACGAGCUAUCAACAUCACCAUCAACUCCUUCGGGACAGAGCUGACCAAGGACCAGAGGAAGAAGCUCUAUCCUGAAUUUGGGAAGCUACAUCCAGAGGGAAUGCUCAUGCUCUCGAGAGCGGACGACCCGGAAGGUGUUGGACUUGCAGUCAGCGGUGUGGGUGACUACAAGCGUUUCUUCGACGAGGUCGGAUUCAACCAAAGCGGUGUGGGCGCUAGCAACAUGGUUGGAGGCACGGGUGGUGACUCCAAGUCUCUGGAAGACAUGUUCUAUCAGAAGGAGAUGGAGCUCUCCAAGAUGGUUUUCACUCGACAGUUUACCCACGCGGUUAUAUAUGCAUGGGUGAAGUUACGAGAGCAGGAAAUCAGAAAUAUCACCUGGAUUGCCGAAUGCAUCGCUCAAAAUCAAAAGGAGAGAAUAGGAAAUUACAUCAUUCGACCUCUCAUUCGAUUGUUCGAUCAAUACCUUCGCACUAACGAAGUCAUCGGGACCAAAAUGUCGGAGUCCUGCGUCUCAACAAUACCCUUUCGAAAGACUAAAGACUUUACGCCUGAACCGACUUCGUCAUCCCUGAGCUUCCUGGACAAGAGCGACGCUUCGCACGGUUGCACCAAGUUUGUCUCAGGCGAACCUCCCCUCAAGAGAAUAGAUUCUGGUUUCUUCGAGGGAAUCUGUCAAGGAGAAGAGUCAGUCGGGUCACCACCCCUAGCCAAAGACAACGAGAGUUGUAGACCAUCAUCCUCAACACCGAAACCACAGAUUGGCCAUUUCAUCGUACCAAAGCGGUUACGGCAUGCCAUUCGACAAGACCUCUGUGACCCUAGAGCUUUACUUCAUUCACUCCGUCACGGCUAUCUCCACACAGACGUUCGGUGCGAUAAACAAAUCGCAGCUCUCUGUUCGCAAGCGGCGGGUUCAAGUCAAAAUAUGGAGGUUGUCAAAUAUUCAAGAGUGUUCCUCAGUGAUAUGUCCACGGAACCGACGUUCAGGAUAUCCCAACUCUAUGGUCAUGGGGCUUCCGACAUAGAGGCUUACCUGUACCGAUGGGCCGCCGAAAGAGCUGCUAUGCAUCAACGCCAAGCACGCACGAACGUCGGUAAAAUGAAGGAAAAGCAAUCCCAGGUGGAAGGAGGACUUCUGGCUGGCUUGAGGAAACGUAUCGACCGACCGGCUGGAUACCCCCGGAUUCUCCACUGCCGAGUUAACAAGCCGGCGCGCCCAGAGAAGACGUUGCUUUCCAGCUAUUCAGAGGCAUUCAGAACAUGGGAUGCUGCUAUGUCGCAAUCUAUACCGGGCUAUGCUGGCGACUAUGAGAAGAGGCAUUGGUACAUAUCUCAAUGGGAUGGUCCAAGUGCUAAGUGA